AUGUUUCUUCAAAGGCAAAAACUGAUUAAUGCAUCCUCUCUGUCAGGGUUUCUUCUCCUGGAAUUUUCAGAUAUUCGGGACUGGCAGAUUCUGCACUUCAUUGGGUUCCUUUCUUACUACCUGGCUGCAAAUGCAGGGAAUCUUCUCAUCAUUUCUUCAAUUGCCUCUGACCACCAUUUACGCGGCCCCAUGUAUUUCUUUCUCAUGAAUCUGGCCAUACAGGAUGUGGGUCAAGUGUCCGUCAUCAUCCCCAAAGCCAUGGCCAAUUCCUUCAUGAACUGCAGACACAUUUCUUACUCUGGGUGUGUUGCUCAAGCCCUCUUUUACCUCUUCUUUGUAGUUUCUGACUUCUUUCUUCUCACUGUCAUGGCGUAUGAUCGGUAUGUUGCCAUUUGCUAUCCAUUACAAUAUCAGAGCUUGAUGAACAAACGAGCCUGCAUUCAAAUGGUUUCCGCUGUAUGGAUCAGCAGCUUUGUCUGUGGAGUACUGCACACUGGAGGCACCUUUGUAUCCCCCUUUUGCUCCAACAUUGUCAAUCAGUUUUUCUGUGAAAUCCCAGCCUUGCUGAAGCUUGCCUGCUCCCACCUGAACCUGUUUGAAAUAGGAGUCAUUUCUUGCUUUGCUAGCAUUGGGUUAGGCUGCUGUAUUUUCAUUUUUGUGACUUACGUGCACAUCUUCACUGCAGUGCUGAGGAUCCCGUCUGUGCAAGGGAGGCAAAAAGCCUUCUCUACUUGUCUUCCCCACCUCAUAGUUUUCUCUCUCUUUGUAUUCACUUCGUACUUUGCCUACCUCAAACCCACCUCUAAUUCUGCUUCACAGCUGGAUUUGGCAGUUAGUUUGAUAUAUUCCAUGUUCCUGCCAGUGAUGAAUCCCAUAAUCUACAGCAUGCGAAACAAAAAAAUAAAGCAUGCUUUAUCAAAGUUAUUGGGUUUGAGGUUUUCUUCUCGGAAUAUGAAUUCUCUUUUGCAAAGUUGA